GAAGUGCAAAAAUUGAGUUAUCAUAUCUUUCUGCUAAUAUUUUGUAUUUAUUUAAUUAAAAAAUGUGUGUAAAUACGUUCGUAAUAAGUACGCUUAUUACGGGAAUAAGUGUAUUUUGUUAUUAUAUUUUAAAUGAUGAAAACAGUGACAAUAAUAAUGAUGAUAACAAAAAUCAAACCGAUAUUGAAAAAAAUCAAACGAUAUUAAAAGAAAAUCAAAUGAUAUUAAAACCUUCACGCAAAUUACGCGAAGAACAAAAUAACGAAGUAAAUUCACCUGAUUCGCAAGAUCACGUGAAAAUGUACGUAAAACCGCGUGAUAAUAGCCAUUUAUUGGUAAUAACAAGAGUUCAAGAUGCAACAUUACUCAAUACGUUAUUUUCUAGUGAACAAAAUAUUAUAGCCUCAACACUUAUAAGCCAACCAAGUGGAUUAGCUGCAACAUCUUCGCAGUCGAAUAACGUACAAUACGAUAAAAGCAGGUCCAGUAUAGAAAGACAUGACAAAACGCAGUAUAAAGAUAUACCAAGUACAUUUACAUGUCCACAUCGUUUGCGACAAAAAUCGCAAACAAGAGUAAACAAACCAUCGUUAUUUAACAAACUUACAAGUUUGUUCAAGUUUAGAUGUUUUGGUAGUACUUUCAAUUAAUA